AUGAGCAAUAAUAUUCAAAUAACAUCACCAGCAACAUUUCUCUUAAACACAACUACAAAUAUAUCAUUAGAUGAAGAUGAUAAUUCUACAAUUUGUGCAGAUCAAUUAAUCGGCGAUGCACUUGAGGGACUAUCGGGGAAAAUUCUGUGGGGUGUUAUACAAGUAAUUUUAAUGGUUUUAGGAAAUAUCGGGAAUGUCCUUACGUUGAUAGUAUUGAACCGUCGUCUAAUGCGAAAAGGAGGUGUUAAUAAUUUACUUCAAGGUUUAGCAAUCAGCGAUAUUAUUGCUCCGACACUUGCCUGUAUUCCACAUAUUAUCUAUUAUUAUGGCCCAAAAACUAAUGGGGCAGUAGGUGGAUUUGUCAAUUCAUUUAUAUUACCUGUAGCAACAGGUGCUACAUUUUGUUCAAAUUGGAUUGUUGUAACAAUAACUUCUUUUCGUUUAAUGAUUGUUGUUAAACCACUUUAUUCACAAGUUUAUUGUUCAAGUGAAAAUGAAAGAAGAGCAUUAAUAGUUAUAUUUUUAUUUAGUAUACUAUCUAUAAUGCCUUACUAUUACUUUCGAUCAAACAUGGAAGUUUUAGAUAUUUUAAAAGUUGUAUCAGCUGUAUUAUCUUUACUAGGUCCAUGGGUAAUAUGUGUUAUUCUUUGGAUAUUAUUAAUACGUAUUGUAAGUCGUGAAAUUGGACCAAAAAAAUCUAAUCAAUUUAUAUUACAUUCUGAAGUCGUUGCUCAACGAUUAAAAUCAAAAUCUAAAAUAACUCGAAUGGUUUUGAUUAUUUGUUUUUUUAAUAUAAUAUGUCAAUUACCCGUCCUUGUCUUAACUAUAUUUAGCCUUAUUAAUAAUAAUCCAUGUGGAUAUAUAAACGCAUCUAUUUUUGUUUGUUUACUUUUUAUUUCAACUUUAUUAUUAACCGUAAAUCAUUCAGUCAAUUUCUUUAUUUAUUCAUUAACAAAUUCGAAAUUUCGUUAUACAUUAAAAAUUAUGUGUCGGCAUUGUUGUUUUUGUAAUGAUUAUUUACAGAAACAAACAAUAAAACAACGACAAAUAAUGGGACAUAAUGAUUCACAAAAACGAGUUCGAACACAAACACCAAAACUUGAUAGUCAUGCACGUACAAAUUCUAUUCAAAGUCGUGAAAGUCCACAUUUAUUGAUAACAACGCGUAUAAAAACUACAUCAAAGUAUAGUCUUAAUAAUAACCAAUCGGGACGUGUUGCUCUAUAA